GAUGACCCAGUGCUAUUACAACGAGUCGGUGGAGUUCUUCUACAACAAAAGCGGGAAGGAGCUGUUCCACUACUGGAGGCCCAAGGACGUCUUGGUGGUCGUUCUCGGCUUGACCGUCAGCAUCGUGGUCCUUCUCACCAACUUGCUCGUCAUCACCGCCAUUGUUAUAAACAAGCGCUUCCACUACCCGAUCUACUACCUGCUGGGGAAUCUGGCCGCCGCCGACCUCUUUGCCGGCAUCGCUUACAUGUUCCUGAUGUUCCACACAGGGCCCAGGACGGCUCAGCUCUCUCUCAAAACCUGGUUCGUCCGGCAGAGCCUCCUGGACACCAGCCUCACGGCUUCGGUGGUCAACCUCUUGGCCAUCGCAGUGGAGCGGCAUCAGACGGUGUUCACCAUGCAGCUCCACAGCACCAUGUCCAACCAGCGGGUGAUGAUUCUCAUCGGCUGCAUCUGGGUCAUGGCCCUGCUGCUGGGGCUCAUCCCUUCGUACGGCUGGCACUGCCUCUGCGAUCUGGACAACUGUUCCAAGAUGGCGCCCCUCUACAGCCGCAGCUAUUUGACCUUCUGGGCCCUCUCCAAUCUCUUCAUCUUCCUUGUCAUGGUGGUCGUCUACACGCACAUCUUCGUCUACGUGAAGAGGAAGGUGGCACGGAUGUCCAAGCAUACCAGCUUCCACCCGCGCUACAAGGAGACGAUGAUCAACCUCAUCAAGACGGUCAUCAUUAUCCUUAGUGCCUUUGUAAUCUGUUGGACCCCUGGGCAGAUCGUGCUUCUGCUGGACGGCCUGGGCUGUAAAAGCUGCAACGUGUUGGCGGUGGAGAAAUACUUCCUCUUGCUGGCCGAAAUCAAUUCGGUCAUCAACGCCAUCGUCUACUCCUACCGGGACAAUGAGAUGCGCAGCACCUUCCGGAGGAUUCUGUGCUUCGCCUGCUACAGGGCCCCAAAGUACUCGCCCGCUUCAGUCAAGUCCAGUCACGCGGAGCACAGGAUAUUACCUCAGAACGGGCAUCCAACCAUGGACUCCUCACUCUAG